AUUGAGUUUCAAAAUCUGAUAAUAAUAAUUACUCGCAAAGCCCAAAACAGAACAAUCAACACUCUGAGAGGGGAGGGGGGGAGAGAGAGAGAGAGAGAGAUGGUGAAAAGAAGGGUGUAGUUUUGUUGUGGAGAGCAGACAAUGACCCUCUGAGAGAGAGAGAGAGAGAGAGAGUUAUAUAUCAAAGCAAGUUCAUGACUUUCCAUUGAGGAAGAAGAUAGGGAGAAGAAACUCUUUGGUUCUUGAUUUCUUGCUCUUUUUUCUCUACUCUUCCUUUCUCUUUCACACACCCUUUUUGUCAACAAGGUUUUUGAUCUUUUGCCCCCUUGAGGUCUCACUGUCUCUCAAAUCUCUUUCAUUGAAAACUGAGUUUCUUGAAGAAUGGCCUGAAACCAGAAAGUGUAGUGUGUGUUGCAUGGCUGCUAGUCAGAGAGUUGGGGAGACUGGUGUUACAGGAACUUCUUCACAGCACCACCACAACAUGCCUUAUGAGCUUCUUAGAGGGCUGAACAAUCCCACCACCACCCCAAGCUUCAUGUACCAUUCCACACCCAACAGUAAAGAAGGGCCUGCAGCUUUUGAUUUUGGGGAGCUGGAGGAAGCUAUUGUGCUGCAAGGAGUUAAGAUCAAUAACAAUGAUGAAGCUAAAGCAUCUUUAUAUGCAGCAGCUACUCUGGAAAUGUUCCCUUCUUGGCCUACUAGAUCUUCCCUUCACACCCCAAUUCCAAGGGGAAGUUCAAGAUCAGGAGAAGAAGAGAGUGGUGAUUCAGGGUCAGGUGUCAACACUUUUUCAAGCAGAGCUGAGGGCCCAGAUUCCCCCAUCAGCACAAGGCCAUCAUCUCACCUUUCACAGCCCUCAACCCAAAACCACCAACUAGAGAUAAUAAUGGCAAGUGAUGAUAGCCCAAGAACAACAACUGGAGUCUCACAGACUGAUCACCUAGAAGCAGCAGCCUCUAAACAACCCACCCAUGACAAGAGAAGAGGUGCUGCUGGUUCAACCUCAGAUAGAGUUCUUGAUGCUAAGACAUUGAGACGUUUAGCUCAAAAUAGAGAAGCAGCAAGAAAGAGCAGACUGAGAAAAAAGGCUUAUGUACAGCAACUGGAAACCAGUAGGAUAAGGCUUUCUCAGCUAGAACAAGAACUUCAUAGUGCUAGAUCUCAGGGCCUUUUCUUGGGAGGAGGUGCUGCAGUUGGUGCAGGUACUAGCUCUGGUGGUGCAAUUUUUGACAUGGAGUAUGCUCGGUGGCUAGAUGAUGAUCACCGGCACAUAUCGGAGCUGCGAACGGCAUUGCAGGCGCAUUUGUCGGACGGUGAGCUCAGGGUGGUCGUCGACGGAUACAUCGGCCAUUACGACGAGAUUUUCCGGCUGAAAGGAGAGGCGGCGAAGUCGGACGUUUUUCAUCUCAUCACCGGAAUGUGGACAACUCCGGCGGAGCGUUGCUUCCUUUGGAUGGGCGGGUUCAGGCCGUCGGAGCUCAUCAAGAUGUUGACCGGAAAACUGGACCCUUUAACGGAGCAGCAAGUGGUGGGGAUCUAUGGGCUUCAGCACUCGUCGCAGCAGGCGGAGGAGGCUCUUACCCAGGGCCUCGAUCAGCUCCAACAAUCUCUCGUGGAAACCAUCGCCGUCGGUUCUGCCGCUGGCGAUGGCGGCGUGCAUCAUAUGGCUAUGGCCAUCGGCAAGCUCGCCAAUCUUGAAGGCUUCGUUCGUCAGGCUGAUAACUUAAGGCAACAAACACUUCAUCAGUUGCAUAGAAUCUUGACCGUCCGGCAAGCAGCCCGGUGUUUCUUGAUGAUCGGAGAAUACUACAACCGGCUACGCGCACUAAGUUCUCUAUGGGCUUCUCGUCCCCGAGAGACUAUGAUCGGGGGAGAUGACAGCUCAUGUCAGACAACGACUACACACCUGCAAAUGGUGCAAUUCUCUCAUCAGAACCAUUUCUCCAAUUUCUGACAACUUCAUUAUUGUAUGACUCCAUAGAUGUCUUAUUAAAACCUUAAAAUGAUCCGAUGAUGAUGAUCCCUACGGCUUCCUUACUGUGUUGGGAUUCUUUGAGACUUUAGAUGGUAUAUAGUAUCGCAGCUUUCUUAAUUUUUCCAUCCUUAGAUUUUUUUGGUUGUAUUUCUCCAUUACUCCCUAUGCAUGCAGUAAUGUAUGGUGUACAUGUAAAUCAAUUUUUAUGCGUUUGAUCAGGGAGCUGUCACUAGGAUUUAAGAACAUGAAAACAGUGCAAAAUAUGCUACAUAUUAAUCUUCAACCUCAACUUCAUUUCAUUUA